CAUGGAGGCUUCCAAGGAGAGGGAUAUCUGAAGGAGACUGUUUUCUUCGUACAUCUGUCAUUAUAAAUGGUGGGUUUUGAGUACGGGAUAUAAAGCUUUAUAUUUGUUGUCUGAAAUAUACCUCAGUCAUGGAUUGCGGAAUCGAAAAAUCCAAAUAAGUUCUGUUUCGUGAAAGUCAGUGUGAUGGAUCUACGAUGAAGUGUGCCCGCUGCCUGCUCAAGCUGCAGAGUCUCCGGCUGCUGGGACAGUCUGCCCGGCCUGCAGCUCAGCAUGGAGCUCUGCUACAGCCAGCCUCCUCCUCUCAGCCUCACAUGCUGCAAAACACCCAGCACCAGGUGCUAAGGCGUUUCCAUAGGAGCCCGACGCAUGACAAGGACCGACCCAUACCUGCAGACUUCUUCGAUGAGGACGACAAGAAAAAGGACAAGUCUUUAGUCACCCAUGACGACCUGUUUGAGCAGGUGGCCAGGGAGACCAAAACCAAGGCCACGUUCAACAAAGUGGUGGAGGUCUUCAUCAAGCAGGACGUGAGGCGCCGCGGCCACGUGGAGUUCAUCUACGCCGCGCUGCAGAAAAUGCCCGAGUUCGGCGUGGAGAAAGACCUGGCCGUCUACAACAAGCUGCUGGACGUUUUCCCCAAAGAGGUGUUUGUGCCGCGGAACUUUAUCCAGACAAUGUUCAACCACUACCCCCGCCAGCAGGAGUGUGGAGUGCAGCUGCUGGAGCAGAUGGAGAGCUAUGGUAUCAUGCCCAACGUUGAGACCAAAGUCCUGCUGAUCCAGAUCUUUGGAGCGAAGGGCCACGCCGUGAGGAAGUACCAGCGCAUGAUGUACUGGUUCCCCAGAUUCCAAAACACAAACCCCUACCCCAUCCCCAAGUACCUGCCGGAAGACCCCGUGGACCUGGCCCACUUCAGCCUGGCACGCAUAGCUGAUGACCGGGAUGCUAAAGUCACCGUGUAUCAGCUGCCCUGCACAGACAUCACAGAGAGUGGAGAGGAGAUCACACUUCCACAUGUAGUCGGUAUCCAGAGCCCCAGCCAGAUGGAGCUGCUGGCCAAGCAUAACCCGAGCCGGCCGGUGUUUGUGGAGGGCCCCUUCCCUCUGUGGCUCCGGAAGAAGUGUGUGUACUACUACGUCCUCAGAGCGGACCCCGUGCCGCCUGAAGAGAAGGUGGAGGAGCCCUAUGACCCCGAGAGAUCUUUGGCUUAUCCUCUGCAGCUGGACCUGGAACUGGACCGUGACCUCGGGGACGAGGAGAGCUUCGAUGUGGAAGACUUGGACGAGGGUGCAGUGUUCGCCAUGUGUAUGACCAGUCAGGGGGACCAGGCCGUCCUCAACCAGUGGAUCUCCGGCCUCCAGCAGAACAACCCCAUCCUGGGCCGGGUCCCGACUUUGUUCCGCCUGGAGCAGGGGCCCAGGGAACUGCAGGGGGGCCAUCAAACAGUGUCAGACCACAGGCACAGGCCAGACCCCGAGACCCAGAGAGAGGAAGAAGAGGUAACAGUGGAAGAAGAGCCGAGGAGGAGCCAGGGGAUGAAACAGUGAGCAGACUGUGGGCUAAAGACUGAAAGGAACAUACUGUAUAUGUGGGAUUUAUAGAUAUAUGUCCAUGUUGGGGUGGGGCUGGAUCAGAUUUCACCAGGGACACACCAACUCUGCAGUAAAUAAAUAUCAUUUAAAAUAAAUGUGGUGAUUUAUCUACAUUUAAAUCAUCUUAAGCAAUGGUUCCCAGAAUAAUGAUAUCAAAGCAGCAAAAUAAAGAUUCAAACACACAAAUGUCUUUUCAUGGUUUAAUUGAACAUGUAUGUACUUUAAAAUAAAUGUAUUUCUAUAUGUUAAAACAUCAUUAAAUUAACAAGGGAUGCUUUUUAAUUUAAAGUGAAUAGUCAUAAAUCUAUUUUUCUACUUAUUUCCCCACACGUCCAUCCCACCUCAAACCCAGACCUACAUGUGAUGCUGUCCGCUCAGGUUUGAAUGGAAAAUCAUGUUUACUAAAUUGGAAAAUCUGCAUGUAGGAAAGCAAUACUCCUCCUCUAAACAGCUAAGUAAUAAAAUCCUGUCACCAUCCUA